AUGUCCAACUUUGAACAACUAUUUGCAAAUGAAAUUCUUGCAACAGCAUUGUCAGUUUAUGUGUUCGACUCAAAUCAUCCACUACCUCGACCGGACGAGAUACUUUUGUGCACAGAAAAGACCAGCACAGAUGAAGUCGACAUAUUUUGGAGAAGAGCGUUAUUUGAUAACGGUCAGAAAAUACACUGUCUUGUCAAUGCAGAUUGUCUACGAUUUGAUGUCAGUGAACCAGCAGAAAAGCUCUUAGAAGACUACCUUCUGGAGAGCAGAUGUCUGGAUCUAAAGUACAGGCUUAUUGUGAUAUGUAGUUCAGAGAAUGAAUACAGGUCAUCUCUUGUGACAUUUUUGGACAAAUUUAAGCGUACUGCUCUACCUGUAAAAAUGGAUGUCAUUAGAAACUACUUGAAGGACAAGCUUGUCUGUCAGGCAAACAGUAUAAACGGUAUCAGGCCAGCUGCAUCACUAGACAAGGAGAGAUCAACAGUGCGUGUUGUAAAAUCAUGGCGAGCGGGUGUUGGAAAGAGUUUGUUCAAGCGGCGUAGAGAGGAAGAACUUCAAAAUCUCAACAAAGCACAUGUAGUUUCUACGAGCGUGUCUAUUCCACUCCAUGAUAAAGCUGUUGACACACAUAAUGUUGUUCAGCGACUUCUGGAACAUACAAACAAACCAGAGGAGUUGUCUGCAAGAUUAUUCCAUAUUGAUGUCGCCCAUGAGGUCCAACAAGGAGUUGAUAAUCUUCUUUUCAACUUGCUGAUACUAGGUUACUUAAGUGACGAUGCAGGCUUUGUAUGGAGGAAAAACAUAACAGAUUUAUACCUCGUAGAGACAUUGCCGUUGAUGAUAAGGUCUUCAGCAAAGAAG